UGUGUGAGACACAUGACAGCUUUAGUGACAAGUUCAUGCAGGCAGUGGUGCAAUAUUAUUCCCUCAGCACACUCAUUCACUUUGAGGGCUUGGAAACCACAGUGCCUUCAGAUUUGUGGAGAACCAUGGGUGCCUUGCCUCCUCGCACCACCACCACAAGCACCACCACUCCUGCCAUCACCUACAAGGGGGAGACUGUGAUGUGGCUGCAGGUGGAUAGGUUCGGAGGCCUCCAGAGAGCUGCCCAGAGUGAAGCUUGUGGUAUAGAGGGACAGCUGCUGAUUAUCAAGCUUAUGGAAGAAAGUGGGAGGAGCCUGGAGGGAGUGGUGGAGGUACAGUACUUGGAGAAAAUCCCUCCACCAUGAUGACUGGGUGUCUGCUGUACAGGCCACUGACCAAUGACGGUGCGCCAUGGGUUCCCGUACCAGCCCACAGCGAUCGCCUUUGACCCAAUCCAGCGAAUAUUGGCAGUCGGGACAAAACAAGGCUCAAUUAGAAUCAUAGGCAGGCCAGGCGUGGACGUCCACCUGCGGCAUGAAGGGGACGCCGCUGUUGUAGCUCUGUCCUUCCUCAUAAACGAUGGAGUACUCGUUUCCGCGACUGGGGACGACACCCUACACAUGUGGUCGUUGCGGCAGAAAACGCCACAGAUUUUGCAUUCUCUCAAGUUCCAGAGGGAGAAGAUCACCACUUUACAUGUCCCGUUCCAAAGCAAGUGGCUGUAUUUGGGGACUGAGCGAGGCAACAUUCAUAUCGUUAAAAUUGUGACCUUUGAACUGAGUGGUUAUUGUAUAAACUGGAAUAAGGCCAUUGAAUUGUCACGCAAGACACACCCUGGCGCAGUGGUCCAUCUUAGUGAAAACCCUGUCGACCCUGGCAAGCUGCUGAUUGGCUAUGAAAGUGGGCAACUGGUUCUGUGGGAUUUCAAGGCUUGCUGUGCUGAUGUCAGAUAUCAGGCCACUGAACCCUUAAGGUCAGUGUCUUGGCACCAUGAAGGAAAGCAGUUUAUGUGUUGUCAUACUGAUGGUUCGCUCACAACCUGGACUCUGAAGCAAGCCUCAGCCAGACCCACCUCCACUGUCUUCCCUCACGGAUUUGAUAUCAAAGCUGGUGCAGGAAAAGGAAGCAGAUCAUGACCUUGAGCAGCUCGGGAAGAUAAGCAGCGUCCUUAAGAGAACAGUUGCUAUCAUUAGCAGAGUUGGAACCAGUGUGUGUGAGACACACACCAGCAGUGGAAAGGUGGCUGACGAGCGCCUCAAGCACUCUGAAAAGGUGGAGCAACAACAAGAAACAGAAAAUUGCAUCCAUCAUUCUUUGCCUGAGGAGGGAAUUGAUGCUGUGUUGACCCUUGACAAUGACGUCUCUCAUGAGGAGAAUAUGAAUCCUACAGAACUUGCCCAUAGAAAGACCAAAACUGUUACUGCUGCCACUACCACCACUGCCACCGCUUCCACUGCCACCAAAAGCCCAACUGUGCAGAGAAUCCUGGACCUCCGCAAUGAAAUGGAGUCCACCAGUCAGCUGGAGCACUUUAGCCUCCAAAAGUUCCAUCCAUGUCCAUUGUGUUUGGGUAAACUUAUCACUGUAUGAGGGGACAAGUAUCAGUGUAUGGUUACUAUAUACUCAUUUGUACUUAAAGAUGUCAUGUCAUCAUUCUCUCUCUCUCUCUCUCUCUCUCUCUCUCUCUCUCUCUCUCUCUCUCUCUCUCUCUCUCUCUCUCUCUCUCUCUCUCUCUCUCUCUCUCUCUCUCUCUCUCUCUCUCUCUCUCUCUCUCUCUCUCUUUCUUUCUUUCUUUCUUUCUUUCUUUUGUUGCAUAUUUUACUCCUUUACAUUCUUCCCUACAGUAUUUUUUCGUCUACUUUAUGACUGGAGUCGUUUUAUCAUCCCAAUGUAUGUCCCAUCCAUUCUGAAACUGUAAUUCACCAAUCAGCUCAAAUGUGUCUCAGUUUUGAUAAUCAUUAAUUUGUUUCAGCUACACAACCACUCUAAUAAGGGACAAAAUCUACUUCACCAGUCAUCUAUGUCAUACAGUCAUAUAUAUUCAUACAUAUGAGAAAAUACUCUUCCUAAGACAUUUCUAAUUUUCUCUUCUCAAGUGACCUGUCCAUCUAUCUAAGGUACCACAUAACAUUUAAAACUUACAAUAUUGCAUUUAAUUCAUGAACAUUUUUUUGUCUAUGUAGACUUGAAAUUGUAUUGCGUAUAGACUUGAAAUGUAUUGGGAGUUUUCUCUAUCUCUCAUUCUAUACCUAACACCUGUUCCUAAGAAUCCCCAGGUGAUAGCCAUGGUGACUGGCUGGUCUCCUACUGAGUGGCUGGGGUUUUCCAAAAGUGAGGGUUGGUGUUCUAUACCAUACCAUGUGCCCUGUUUGUAUUCCUUCUCUAUCCUCUGUAUUAUAUUCUAUGUAAAGAUGGUGCUGGGGUGGGAUCUACUUCUUAUUCCCUAAAAGUGAUGAGGAGUGACACUGGGCAGCAUUAAUUUGCUCCUUAGAGAUGGCUGGGUUCCUGUGGAUGAGUGGGCCAUGCUGUGCUUUGACAAGGAUGGUGUUUGGUAUUGUGAUGACUCUUGCCACAAUGAAGUGUCUCCCACAGAGUAGUGGAGUACCUAUGUAUGGUGUUGACCCAAGCUGUCCAGGUCUCAUCCAAUGCCUUAAUAUGAUUUAGAUGAUCAAAAUGGUUUAACUCACCAUUUAAUCAGCUGACUGAUUUGAAUGGAGAAGUAUGUAAUGUAUAGCCUAACCAUCCCUGCCAGCAUGGUCAGACUCUUGGUAGUAACCUGAAAUGCUCCUAGGUAGUGAGUAUCAUUGCACAUAAUGAUCUUUACUUUGUCAGUAAUUCAAUGAUACUGAAAAUUACUCUACUGGAUUUUGCUCAGCACUGCUUGGUAACUUUUGGCCAUAAUCCCAGGUCUGCAAUGAUAUGAAGCCAUGUUUUUACAUUCCAUAUGAGACAGGCAAGCACUAUGCUUUGCCUGACUGAUACCUCUACUUUGCAUUUAUGACCCCAGGUAGUUCUCUCUCUCUCUCUCUCUCUCUCUCUCUCUCUCUCUCUCUCUCUCUCUCUCUCUCUCUCUCUCUCUCUCUCUCUCUCUCUCUCUCUCUCUCUCUCUCUCUCUCUCUCUCUCUCUCUCUCUCUCUCUCUCUCUCUCUCUCUCUCUCUCUCUCUCUCUCUCUCUCUCUCUCUCUCUCUCUCUCUCUCUCUCUCUCUGUUUGGAAUUAUACUGUAUAUUAGGAAAUAUCAUUAAAGAGUGUGUGUGU